AUGAUUCUGUCCAACGAGCUAACGAAACAUCAACUCGCUAUGUCAGUACCAAGCUUCCAUGGUGCCGAAGUACUACCUGUAAAGCUGCAAAAGCAGGUAAACGACGUCAUUGGGGAAUUCAAGACUGCCUAUGGCCAUGGCCCAGACUUCGUAACUAGGUCCCCUGGCAGAGUGAAUCUCAUUGGUGAUCACAUAGAUUACGUGGACUUCUCUGUCCUGCCAAUGGCGAUUGACAACGCUGUGGCAUGUGCGGUACGUGUGCUACCAAACACAGAAAUCCCCUCUGUGACACUAAUAAAUUCGGAUCCUCGAUUUGCGCAACGGCGCUUUGACCUGCCUUUAGACGGUUCUGACAUUUCAAUCGAUCCCUCGGUAUCGGAUUGGUCGAACUACUUCAAGUGCGGUCUUCUUGUUGCCCAGCAAUACUUAAAAAUGCGAUUUGCGGAUGAGUUUACCCCUGGAAGAACAUUAUCAGGAAUUGAAGUUUUUGUCAAUGGUAAGGUUUUCACAGGAGGUGGCCUUUCAUCAUCGGCAGCAUUUAUAUGUGCCGUUGCGUUGGCCGUUAUCCGUGCGAACGCGGGGCCCAAGUUCGAAGUACCAAAGCAGGAACUAACGCAGAUCACAGCCAAAGCAGAACAUUAUGUUGGGGUUAACAAUGGCGGUAUGGACCAGGCAGCAUCGGUUUGCGGUGAAAUAGAUCACGCUUUGUAUGUAGAGUUCAAGCCUGAGCUCAAGGCAACUCCCUUUAUGUUUCCCAAGCUGAAAAACGCCGAAGUUCAAUUCAUUAUUGCCAAUACUAUGGUGCUAUCUAAUAAGGUAGAAACAGCGCCAACAAACUACAAUCUGAGGGUCGUAGAAGUCACGGUUGCUGCCAACGUCUUGGCGACCAAAUACGGCGUUGUUCUGGAGCGGGUAGGGAAUCUAGAGAAGGGUACUUUGCGCGAGUUCAUGGAUGCUUAUCACGCCCGCUACCACGGUGCUACCGAAGCAUGGAGCGGCGAUAUUGAGGAGGGUAUCUCAAGGCUUACCAAAAUGCUGCAAUUAGUAGAAGACACGAUGUCGGGGUACAGCAGCGGUUAUACGGUCCAGCAGGCAUCCGAAGCGGUGGGCACUUCGAUGCAAGAGUUUGCACGAGACUACCUCACAGACUUCCCAGUUCGCUUUCAAGUUUUGAAACUUUAUCAAAGAACCAAGCACGUUUAUUCAGAGGCUUUGAGGGUUUUGGAAGCACUUAAGUUGAUGCUUCGAAAAUCAUUUGCGGCAGAUGCAGAAUUCUUUGAUUCCUUCGGCCAACUUAUGAACGCGUCUCAAAAAUCAUGCGACGAGUUAUACGAGUGCUCUUGUCCGGAGACCGAUGAGAUAUGCAAAAUCGCCAGAGCCAAUGGUGCUUACGGAUCGAGGCUAACGGGAGCCGGUUGGGGUGGAUGUACGGUGCACCUUGUUCCCCGUUCCAAAGUUAACGAAGUGACGCAGGCCCUGGUCGAACAAUACUAUGCUAAACGCGACAUGAACGGCCAGACGUUUGAUGAUGUUAUACUGGUGUCCAGGCCGGCGCUUGGGAGCUGCAUUGUUGAUGGUCUGGGGUGA